AUGGAGUAUCUGAGUAGGAACUUGGCUAGUCUGAAGCAGGAGAGGGUCUUUAAGUAUCACCCUAGAUGUGCUAAACUUGGGAUCACUCACCUAAGUUUUGCAGAUUAUUUAUUGCUAUUUGCCAUAGGUGAUCAAAAGACAGUACAAAUGAUGCAGCAAAAAUUUUAUCAAUUCACUCAGGCUUCAGGUCUGCAGGCAAACCUUAGUAAGAGUGAAGCUUAUUUUGGAGGGGUUCCUUUGGUAGAUAAACAACAAAUCCUGCAGAUGCUGGGGCUCUCAAAUGGUGAACUUCCUUUUAAAUACUUAGGGGUGCCUCUAUCUACAAAGAAACUAAGUAUAAUGCAGUGGCAACCACUUAUUGACAAAAUGACUACAAGGAUUACUUCUUGGACUGCUAAGACUCUAUCUUAUGCAGGAAGAGUCCAGUUAGUCCAAAGUGUUUUGUUUGGAAUUCAGGCUUUCUGGGUACAAUUAUUCAUUCUCGCAACAAAAGUAAUCAAGAUUGUAGAGGGGCUAUGCAGGUCUUAUAUUUGGUCUGGUACAAAUGAAAUAACAAGGAAGGCUUUGCUUGCUUGGGAUAGAGUUUUCUUGCCAAAGGCAGGAGGUGGACUGAAUUUUGUUAACCUGAAGCUAUGGAACAAAGCAGCCAUUGCCAAACACUGCUGGGACAUAGCUCACAAGCAAGAUAAGUUAUGGAUCCGCUGGAUUCAUACUUACUACAUCAAGAACCAACAGAUGAGUACAACGCCAACACCCCAGCAAGCCUGUUCGAUGGUAAGGAAAGUGAUAGAGGCACAUGGAAUUCUGGAAACUAGACAGUUUAUGCACACUCACAACAGAAGCCUGAUCAGACAAAUCUACUUACAUCUACUUGGUGACUAUAGCAGGGUGGAAUGGAAAACAUUGAUGUUUAAUAAUGCAGCAAGACCAAAGGCAAAAUUCAUAAUGUGGCUGAUGAUGCAUGGGAGAUUGAUGACCAGUGACAGGAUAGCUAACUGGAGACUAAUGUUGACACACAAUGUGUAA